UGUAGGAGAGAUGAGAGUGUGAGCGCAGCCAGGAGAGAAGGAUGAGGAUGGGGGACUGGUGGAUCGCCACCUGGCUGCUGCUGGUGGGAGCCUGUGCAGAGGGGCUGUUGGAGGUCUCGAUGGGAAGAUUUACAGAAGUGCAACUGAAUCGCUCUACUCCCACCGAAUUCCUCCUUCAGAACAUUCCGGCAAACGUCUCCUUUAUCAUCUUCCAAGUGCACAGUCAGUAUGUGAACGUGACGCUCUCCUCCGACAAGAUCCCAAAUAGAAAUGACUCUGAGAUCAGCAGCGAUGCCGGACUUCUGAACAUUCUCCGCCUGCAGCAGACUGUAUGUACGUGGUAUGUGGAGACGGCGUACCCCAAUCCUGUGCUGGUUUCAGCUCUCACCAUCCCGUACACUGAGAGGGAUCCGAUUCCUGGAGCGUGUAACCUGGAGUUUGACUUGGACAUCGAUCCGAACAUCUAUCUGCAGUACAACUUGUAUGAAACUACAAUAGAAUUCGCCCCGGCCAAUCUGGGCCAUGCAAGGGAUGCCACGGCUGGGGAUUGUGACACUCAAAUGGGUCAGAACACCAGAUGGCGCCUGCAGUAUGAUGUCUACCAAUACUUCCUACCCGAGAACAACCUCAAUGAGUCCACCUUAAUAGCCCAUCUGCAGAGAAUGUCCACCAUAUCCCAGGUUUCCGCUAAUGGCAAGAAGCUGGCUACCCUAACAUCCAAUGACCGGACCACCAUGUCCUUCUCAUCUAUUCCUGGUCAAGGAGUCGUAUACAAUGUGAUUGUACGAGAUCCUCUCCUGUACACGUCUGCAGCCUAUGUGCCCGUUCACACGUAUGCCUGUAACUUCACAGCAACUAUGGACAACUGCCACACACUGGGGAGCGUUUUAACAAAAAUUUUCUUCACCAUCUUUGCCUUCCUGGGCCUCUUCGUCUGUUUUGUCGGGCACCGUUUUCUCAAGACAGGUUUUUUCUUUAUUGGUUUUAUCAUCUUUGGGUUCCUCAUGUUUGUUCUGCUCACCAGAGUCACACCCCUUAAUUACAGUGAUCGCCUGGCCUUGACGGCCUUCACUGGAGUUAUUGGGGGUCUACUGCUGGUGGGGUAUUGGUGGAGAUUCGGUUUCGUCUACAUCUGUAUACUUCUGGUGGGGCUGGUUUUGGGAUUUCUGGUUUCGUCAAUUGUCUUCUUCACUCCUAUAGGGGAUUUUACCACUUUCCGCAAUGACACCGUGUUCUGGCUUACCUUCACUUGUAUUGCACUGCUGGUGUCAAUGGUUCUGCUUCCUUUCCCGCGAACCCUGAAUAUUUUGUCCUGCAGCAUUGUUGGCUCCUACGCAGUUGUGCUGGCUAUAGACAGUUACCUGUACACAAGUCUCAGCUACAUUACUUUAAACAUCCUCAAGCGGGCGCUGAACAGUGAAUUCAGUACAGUGUACACCAGCGUGCCUUUCCAGACUAAUGAUUUCAUCAUUAUCGCUUUGUGGGCAGUCCUUGCGCUUAGCGGAGCAGUGACCCAGUUUUACAGAGAGCGCGAACAGCCGCUUUUCCCGCCCACCCCGUAUGUGAUUUGGAAGAGGGACAGAGAGAGACGGAUAACGAAUAUCCUGGAUCCCAUCUACCACACGCCACCACUGAAGGAACGCUUUCUGGCUAGCCUGGCUAGAUUUAGGGAUCUCUUCCGCAAGGAGCAGCCUCUGGGCGAGAGAACGCCGCUACUACUAUAGCUAGUAGGAGGUGCCUAGCUGACC